UUGAUAAUAAAUUAUUUUUUUACAGUUUUCUUCAGACAAUUAUCAAUCGAUUUUCAGGAAGCGCAAGUGAAACUGCUGGCUGGCAUCAUCGCCUUUUCUAUUAGUGUGAUCUGUCUGAUUCCUGCAAUUUUUAUUUUGUGGUUUUUUCGGCCGUUACGACAUCAGCCAAUGUUCAUCGUUCAUCGCCAUCUGCUCACUUCAUUCGUUCUUUCGGGUCUUUUCUACCUGUUCAACUGUUUUUUCUAUGUAGUCGACGGUGCACCCGGCGACACACUAAUUUUUGCAAAUCAUAUCUCUUGUCGAUUGCUAUUUCUCGUUCAAUUACGCUUCCUUCGUCUGG